CUAUCUAGCGUGAAACUAAAUUUUUUAUGGUGCAAAGUAUUAGAUUGAAGACCCUCUUUARAUAAUAUUAGGUAACGUUUAAAAUAAACAAUCUAAAUAAUUAAAUGUUAUUAAUUAGGCCACACGCACAUUUUAUUCCUAACACCAUGGAUUUAUUGGAGACUUGGGAAGAUCAAGAAAUCCAAUUCGAUUUAAGUAUUAGCAAAGCGCUGAAAAUGAGAAAUGGUGAAAAAAUAAUAGAUCGUCUAGAAUUUAUUGAAGAUACAAAAGGAAAUAGUGGUGAUAAAGGUGUACUUGUUAUUACAAAUUUGAGAGCAAUCUGGCAUUCAAUGACUUUAGCAAGAAUAAGCUUAUCUAUUGGUUACAAUUGUAUACAGGAUAUUUCUACAAGGAUUGUCAACUCGAGAUUAAAAGGAAUAACAGAAGCAAUUUAUAUCCAAGCUAAAUACAAUGGAUUGAGGUACGAAUUUGUUUUCACAAAUUUGAUACCUGGUAAUACAAGACAUUUUACAUCAUUUAUUGGAGUUUUCAAAGCUUAUAGCUCUAGUAGACUUUACCGAGAAUUAAAACUUAGGGGAGCAAUAUUGAAGAAUGGGCGUUUAAGGCUAUUGAUGUUUGAAAAAAUAUGUGAAGAUCUCAAUAGCUUUAACUCUUCUCUGACAGAUCUUUUUGCAAAUAACCAAGGACAGUGGUGGUUCGUGUUAUGGGUCACAUAUGUACGUGUUAAACCAGCCUAA